AUGUUAGAACUUCCACGGUGUUGGAAUACUCGACGAUACCAAUCUUAAAUAACAAACAGGGUUUAAAGUUGACACACACACAAUAGGUUGACAGGUCGGUCGCGUUAGUGAAGACCGUUGAAACAAUUUUUUUUCAGCGCAUGUGUGUUUAAACCUGGAAGAAACACAGCGAGCUAAACAUAAACGGAAUUAGAAUGCUAAGCUAUUAAUUGUAAUGCCUAACUAUUUAGCUAUCAGGAAAAUUACACUUUGUUCGAAUUAAGUGCUGUGACUUACAAUCUUGUAUUUAGUUCACAUAUGACAGUGCUUUAACCUAGUCACGCACUACUCGAGGCCACUCGUGCUUUGGAGCAUGCGCAAGUGAGACAGGCCGAAAUCACAUGACGAUGGAAAUCACAUGCGCGAUAUCACGUGAUGUAAACAGAGAAAACUUAACCGGUUGAACAAGUUGCGGUAAUUAAAUAGGACUCACUCAGUCUAAUUGACAUUUAUACGGAUCUAGCAAUGAAGAUUUUGGUAAUUCUCGUGUUUGUGUUGAACGCAUUUCAUAUCUCGGAAUCAGUUCUAGGAACAAGAUUCUGGAAGUUCCGACAGCUUGUAGAGCAUCACAGGCGCCAGCGGGCAGACCAAGUGAUUGCGGAGAGGUACAGGAAGAAUGGCUACAGGUCCAGUCCAACACAGACGUUCUUCUUGGAACAGCCUCUAGACCAUUUCAAUGCCAUGUUCAAGGAACUCGGUAAGACAUACAAGCAGCGCUACUACGUGAAUGCAGAGUUCUGGUUUGGACAGGAGAGUCCUGUGUUUCUGUUCAUUGGAGGGGAGGGAACUCUAACAGCUAGAGACGUAGAGGCUGGUGAAAUGUAUGAGCUGGGCAGACAACACAAGGCCCUGCUGGUGGGGGUAGAGCACAGAUUCUAUGGAGCAAGCUUGAAUGAUGACGGACUUCAGUUGGAGGAGUUGGAGUACCUCUCCAGUCAACAGGCUCUAGCUGAUCUGGCGACAUUUGUCCGGUACAUCCGCACCAAGUAUGGUAUCCCGGAUUCCACUCAGUGGAUCUGUUUUGGUGGGAGCUAUCCGGGGGCACUGUCUGCUUGGUUCAGACUCAAGUACCCCCAUCUGGUGGCUGGCGCUGUAGCAAGCUCAGCCCCUGUGCGCGCAAUCACAAACUUCGAGGGAUACAAUGAUGUGGUUGCCGCAAGUCUGUCCAGUGAACUUGUGGGAGGCUCUAAGGGGUGUUUAGAGACCGUAAGAGCCGCAUUUCGGCAGAUUGACGAUAUGAUCUUAUACACGCUGUACGACCAAUUGCAGGAGGACUUCCAGUCAUGUAACAAGAUCUCAAUGCAGGAGGACACAGUCCAGUUUGUUUCUAACCUUGCUGGAAACAUCAUGGGGGUGGUGCAGUACAACAAUGAGAUUCCAGGCCAGAACAUCUCACAUGUGUGUGAAGUAAUGACCUCUACCAGCAACCCGUACACCAACCUCGUGGCACUGAACAAGGAGUACAUGGCUAUGAGUAACGAGACGUGUGUUGACAACUCCUACAUGAACUAUACAGCCAUGAUGAGUAACACGACAGUAGAUAGGGCCGCCAUGGGGGCCGGGGAGAGACAGUGGACGUACCAGACGUGCUCGCAGUUCGGAUAUUAUCAGACGUGUGAUGCCAACACUGACUGCCCAUUCUCCAAGCAGAUGUCUCUGGCGUACAGUGAUCUCCAGAUCUGUCAGAAAAUUUUCAAGAUAAAUCCUGCAGAUGUCGACGUUGACGUCCAGUUCACUAACGACUACUACGGGGGAAAUCGAACUCAGCAGUCAAAGAUUGUCUUCGUAAAUGGAUCAAUCGACCCCUGGCACUGGCUGAGCAUCCUGACCAAUCAGACAGCACUUCACCAGUACGCCGUCUUCAUUCCUGGCACAGCCCACUGUGCCGACCUUGGCACAGCCAGAGAUUCAGACCCAGCGGCACUUUCGGCGGCUAGACAGGAGAUUGCCGGACUUGUUGCGCAAUUCCUUGAAGAUGCCGUGAGAAGGAAGCCCUAGACACCCACACGGCGCCCCUAAAGUGUCAUUAUGUUUACAGAUGAAAUAUUGCUGCUUCCUCCAUUCAGACUCAAUCUGGGAAAACAGGGCUUAAUAAAUGUAUAAGAUCCUUUUUCCAUUUUUUUUAAAGGAAGUCUCUUCAAAAUGAAAAUCUAGACUUAGCGGAAAGUGUCCUCCCUGAUAAGCCUGUGCAGGCCCUGAUUAGCCUCUGUGGGCUUCACAGUCAUAACUGGGGGGAUGCUUUCUACAUAUGUAUUAAGCCCGGUUUGCUGAAAGUGACCAAAUGUGACAUUAUCAGUCAACAAAAACUUAAGUCUUUUUGUCAGUAAAAUGUCUGAAAUUCUCCCCAAAAUUACGUGCCUCCAAACACUUACCUUAACUUAAUAAUUAAUAUAAUGGUUUUUAUCUUAAAACUAUGACUUUCCAAUGAAAGUAUGAUUUUUGUAAAAAACAAACAAUAUUUUUCAUAUAUUUUCUAGGCGUCUUGUUUGACAGUCUAUUAAAUGUAGCCAAUAUGGUUACAUACUAUAGUGUAGAAGAUACAAAGGUUUACAUGCAGUAGAAUAUUUAUUGUGUACAGAAUAAGGUUGUAUGUCCAUAUUAUGUCUAUUUUCACAUAGAGUUAUAUGUACAAAACAUUUAUGUACCUGUUGUAUGAAACUGUGCAAAUAAAGUUCAUUGAUGUUUGUCUAUCAAAACAGCGAAAAAUAAGUGUGAUAUCCCUCAAUCCAGUAGGAUAGAAUCGUUUCUGUUUGCCGUUAGUCAUUACUAUUUGUGUCAAAUGUAUUUAAGUCAGUAGAAAUAUUUUAUUUUUUCCCAUGACAUAUGCCUUAUAGUAAUGCCAUAAAAACAAAUGUGAUACUUCACAAACUUAUUUACUUAAAAGAUCACAUUUUUGUUUGCUUUAUAUUUUUGUGCUUAUUUGAAAUAAAUAGUUAUAAUAUU